AUGGUCAUAUUUUUAGGAUAAGUAGUACUAGUUAGUGUAUCUCCCAAAACAGAGUGGAUAUUAUGAGCUCAUACGUCAAGAGAACUCAUACACCUAUCAUCCAAGGUCUUCAGUAAUCAACGAGAGAAUAAUCAAUAGAUCUAAUCCAAGCUUGAGCUCCAAGGAAAGGCACAUACAUCAUACAUGUCGUGACGUGAUCACCACUAUCCACACAAAAAAAUCACUAAGCUUGAUGAGUUCCUCGUUGUUACCAAACCGGUGGUUACUAAACCGUCGUUACCCAAACGGUGAUUACUAAACCGGUUCGUCUGCUUUAUUCAGUCAUUAAGAUUCAAAGAUUUCAUGUUUUUGGUCAGGUUGAAUCUUUAAGUGUUACGCUUGAUUUUAUUCAGUCAAUGAGGUUAAAAUAUUUUACAAAAUGAAAAAAUUAAAGAAUCACAGGGAGGAAAAUAAUAAUUAUCCAAAAAACGGUGGUUACGAAAACCGGUUCGUGUUUUUGGUUCGUUUCGGUUGAAUCUUUAACUGUUUUAACGGUAAAAAGAACCACAUUGUUUAGUCGUUUCCCUCUUCUUAAUUUUUAUCCAAGAAUCUCUGAUACGACUCGAAUCUUCCUCAGAGCGCUCAUGGCUUCCCCAAGGCGUUCAUGGUCCUUGCCGCUGCUGCCACCGGAGAUAAUACAAGAAAUCUUUUACCGGACUCCGGCGGAAGCUCUCGUCCGAUCAAAACCGACGUGCAAGAAAUGGCACGCUCUCAUCACCAACAAAAGGUUCAUCAACGAACACCUCCAACGCUCCAAAGAACGUCCCCAAGAACGCUUCAUAAGAAUCUUCGACAAGGUACGGAUCAUGGAUCCAAUAACCAGAAGAAGCGCAGCAUCACCAAUCCCAAACGAGCUACUACAACAUCCAUAUAACAUCAAUACUUUGGUCUACACCCUCAUGGUUCACUGCGACGGACUCAUGCUGGUUGCGCAUCGUGGUUGGAAGUGCAGAAGCGACGGAUCAAUACUCCCCAACAUCGCACUUUGGAAUCCUCUUUUGAAUAAAAUCAAAUGGGUCGAGCAGCCCACGGGGUGCAUCACGAGUGGUGACUACUACGGGAUUGGAUACAGCGGCGAUGGUAAUUACAAGCUCGUGAGGUUCACGUCUCGUCCGUUUGAGGUCGAGGGUUUCGAGGACGUGCCAGAGGUUGAGGUUUACGAGUUCGAGACGAGUUCUUGGAGAACCGUUGGCGGCAAGGUUGAUGUCGACGUGGAGAUUGCGAGGAAGUGUGUGUCUCUGAUGGGUAACAUGUAUUGGGUUGCUUAUAGAUGUUGGAAAGAAUAUGAGAAGUUCAUUAGAGUUUUCGAUUUCUCGGAUGAAACGUUCAAGGACAUAUGUUUCUGUCCUCCCUCUUACGGUGAUAAUAGUCACUUGUCUUGUUUCAAUGGAGAUAGCUUGUCGUUGCUGCAGCAAGACGCAGCGUCAAGGAAGAUUGAGGUGUGGGUUUCGAGCAAGUUGGGUGAUGGUGAUGUCUCGUUUAGCAAGUAUUUCAGUUUGUCCGGCCUUGAUCUUCCGGCGUUACGGGUCCACGCAACUGCUGCUCGUCCUGUGUACUGCUUUGUGAAGCCUAAGAGUGUGAUCGUGUGGUGCGUGGAAGUUGAAGGAAAAGGUACUGAUAAGGCUUGUAGUUGCUGUACUCUUUAUGAGAUUGAUGAGGAUGGGGUGAAGAGUAAGAAGGUGACGGAACGAAACUACGUGCGUGACUAUUCUCGCGCCUUCGUUUGUGGGUAUGCGUAUGUUCCAAGUAUGAUCCCUCUUCCAUGGGUUAGAGAUUAGGGUUUUAUUUCUUGUUCGCCAAGCUUUCGUUUUGUUCUUUGUUUGUUGAUCUUCUGCCAUGUAUAUCUUGAAAGGAACUAUAUGAUACCUGAUGUGUUGUGCAGAUGUUACUUAAGAUGACGUUGGUUAUGGUUUAUGUAUUAGAAUCUUGACAAGUUUUAGGUUAUGGUGCAUUGUUAUAUCAUGUGUGUCUCAGUAACGGUAACGUUGCUUUCAGUGCUGGUAUGGGCUUAGUCUUUUGAUAAUAAUUUUCUAGUUCAAGAGGAUGCCUAUUGAUCCACCUUUGGAACAUGACAUGACUCUGGUUUAUACGCUGGAGGGUGCCAUGCACCCUACAAUCAAACCCACAACUCAAUUAAGAAAUAUAGGUGAAAACCACGAUAAAAAACGUUUGGGAGGAUAUAAAGAUAAUGAACUUGCUUUGAUAGUAGCAUAUGUCAUCUUCUUAGCAUAAGUAGUACUAGUUUAUCUGCUGAGCUCAUACAAGUACAACAAGAGAACUCAUACCGCCUAUCAUCCAAGGUCUCCACUCUACAGUAAUCAGUGAGAGAAUAAUCAAUAGAUCUAAUCCAAGCUUGAGUUCCAAGGAAAGGCACAUACAUCAUACAUGUCGUGAUCACCACUAUUCACACACACAAAAAUCACUAAGGCUAAAAAAACCACUAUAAGAGCAACAUUAUCGGGGUAUGAUAGAGGAAGUCGUUAGGCUUUAUAUGAUUUUAUUUAAAUAAAAAUUGUAUAAUUUCGCUGGGACGGACGCGGUUUGUCGUUGGCUAACAUAUUUUUUUUUUGUCCUUAGGUGAUAGGUGUCGGCAAGGGAAUGGUGGAAGCGUUUUGGUUUGAGAAAUGAUUCACGUGUUGCCCUUUGGGCCUUGUCUCUUUGAGAAGAGAGAGAGAGAGAGUUGAAGAUCGAUGGCGGAAGGCGCGAUGAUCCCCAGCAACUGAAGAAGGGAAGCCAUAGCUUCAGGCAGAGGCUACUUCUCUGGACCCUUUCUUCGACGCCUAUCAUCAGGCAGAGGCUGAAUCCUAGCCUCCAACAUCACGAGAUGUCUCUCCUCCGCCUCUUCGAGACUGUCUCCGAUGACUGCGUCACACUUGCCCUCAUCCAGAUUAAAUUGACUGAUGUUACUGAUCCCAUGGUCAAUGAGAAGGUUGCUGAUCGGGUAGGAGAGGAUUUAGAAGGAGUUACCCACAAAGUUUACUUUGAUAUUCAGAUCAAUGGUUCACCUGAAUGAGUUACCCACAAAGUUUACUUUGUCCCCUCUUCUUCAUUGGGCGUAGAGGGAAAGAUUGUGGUUGAGCUGAUUUUGCUGGGCAAAUCUGGAUGCAGGGGCAAACAUUAUCUGAUUUUUUCUUAAUUGUUCUGAUCUUUUUUUUUUGGUUUCGGGUAUGUGGAUUUGAUUUUGUGAUCGUUGUUCUGAUUGUGCAAGGAGGAGUCUCUUGCACGUAGAACAUAGAAACUACCUUUUUAUAUAGUUUGUAAUCAAAGAUUUACUCUACUUAUUUCUGCUUCACGUUUCAUUGUUGA